CUCGUUGCAGUGCCGGCUCCGUCGCGGGGGGGGGGGCGUGCAGAACCGAAGCCUCUCGAGAAGCACCCGGAGGGGCCUGUUUGGGAAGGGGGGGGGGCAGAGCUCGGCCUCUUGUGUUUCUCUUCGCGAGGCAACGAGCAGUUCAGCUGGUCAGCCUGUACCUUCCCUAUAGUGCAAAAAGCUACGAAAGGGGCGACAGUGACUCCCGAGUGGUGCUCCGCAGUGAAUACAGCGGUACUUAGACUUUUUUUCCUAAUUCUUUGCGCUAGUGAAUCGACUAGUGGAAAGGCAAAGCGUUGAAGGAAAUACAGUUGCGGUUUCGGUGCACUUCCGUGACUGAAAAGCAUUUCAGACCUGGUGGCUCUGAACUGAGGCUUUUAAAGCCAGCACCUGAGUACGUGGUGUCACCUCAGAGCUGCAGACUUGUAGCCUUUAGCGAGAAUUUGCCAAGAAGCACUGGAUUCAUUGGGCAUCUGAUCCUGAAAACUGUAUUUUAACAUUGUUACCCGUCUUCUAGCAUAGAAUCAAAUCUUGGGAAGUUGCACAGGUUUAUGGUAAAGCAAAUUCUAAGCUGUAAUUUCAGCUUUCUCAAAGUUUUGUCACGGCAGCGACUAGUAUAAAUUAUGUACUUGAAAAAUAAAACAGUACAGUAGGGGUUAGCAGCAACUGGAAAAUCUUUGGUUCAGUGGAAUACUUUCAGUGGAAGGUAGAAAGGAAGGCAUGUUUAUUUCCUCUGUAAGUUGAGGUAAGAGUAUGUUACAUUCAAUUUAGAAGGGUGUUAAGGCAAAGGUUCAGACCAACUUAUGUGUUUAGGUGAAAAGUACAUGUUUAUAUUCAUGGUGAGUUUGACUAGCUAAAAAUUAAUUUGCUUUUGCAGAAAAAAGAUCAGGAGGCUGGUACACAAGAAAGACCAACUGUUCAUCCUGUUGAGAUGUCUCGUAGUCCAUCGUUAAUAGAACUGGCAUGUUCCAGCUGAGAUACUGGGAACCGCAAAAAUGAGAAAAAAUGACCCUACUUCCAGACAUUUGGUUCCUCCUUCUGAUGGCAAUGAAACUGAACAGUCAAAAUCUAUUCAAAGAAAGAGAGUGCUUCCAUCUUGGAUGCUGGAAAGAGAUCUCCUGGUUCAGAGGAUCUAUGAGCCUGUAAUGAAAAUAGGUAGUAGAAUGAAAAAAGGCCAAGGAAGGGGAGAAAGUAAUAUGGAGUCAUUAAAAUCAGAAGUAAAUGUGCAGCAGAAAAAAAGAUUAGCCUCUGAAGAAACUUUUGAAGGUGAAGAGCAAGAUCAAGGGAAAAGGAGCUGUCUUUCCAUCCCUGUUCCUUCAUCUCAGAAUACAUCUGGAUUUGGAAACAUGGAAGGAAAUGGCAAGACUGGAACAAAAAACCUUGGAAGUUCUCUGGAAAAAAAUGAUAGGCAGCUGCAUAGUAAAUGGUCUAAAAGAAUAGGUCAGAUCUCCAGUAAAACAAAUAUAAUAGAGGAAACGGAAAACAAAGAGCAGAUUACUGGUUCUACAAGCCAACAAGCUCACUGGGGCAGGACUUCCCAAUAUUUUGGUGCCCAGGAAGGGGUUCUUGAGCCUGAUGCAAAUCUGGAUUACGAGACUGAGAUUUCUGAUUCAACCAGAAGUGCAGACGCUUCAGAAAGCUCCAAACAGAACAAGCAUAAGAGGACACCUUGCAUGUAUGGAAAAGGCUGUUACAGGAAGAAUCCCAUUCACUUUCAGCAGUUCAGUCACCCUAAUGAUGAUGACUAUCAAGAAACAGAGAUCAUAACUCAGGAUAACAAUGAUAACCGGCCUGAAUGUCCGUAUGGAACGGCUUGUUAUAGGAAGAAUCCACAGCACAAGCUAGAAUACAAGCACAGUGCACCUCCAGGAAAAAGGGCUGUGGAGAAAGAUGGUGCCAGUGAUGAUGAACCAAAUGAAUAUGACGUUAAUGACAGCUUUAUAGAUGAUGAGGAAGAGGAGCAUGAACUUACUGAUGAAGACUCUGACUGGGAACCAAGUUCAGAAGACAAGGAUAAUGAAGAUGUUGAAACGCUUUUGCAAGAAGCACGCAGAUUUGUUAAGACCAAAAAGUAGCUGUACGGAGCAACAUUACAAUGUCUGAUCUGGUUGUGUUAAAACAUGGAUGCACAAGAAGAGGAAUUGCUUUGAAAACUUUUUUUUUUUCUCAGUGAUGUAGGUACUGCAGGAGGAUUUUAAUGGGGGCAAGGGGAUUCGGCAAUGUCUUUCUUUUUCCACAUGUAUUAUUUUGGUGGUGGGGUUUUUUUGUUUUAUUAAGUGGUGGAGCCAGAGGACUGAGCUCUGUUUUUGGGUUUUUUUUUUCCUCAUGUAUUUCUUCUGCAACACCAUUGGUGUCUCAUAGUUUGAAAUACAAUUUUAAAGGUUGUUAAUGCUUCAUCUUCCUGUGCUUGAAAGAAAUAUUGGCAUUAGGAAAGCCUUUUGUUUUGCUGAAACACAAUAUAUAUACAGUGUUGAAUGAAGCGGAGUUACACUUCACACCUGCAGUAUCGCAGACUAAUUCUUGGCCAUCACUGGGGAAUCUGUCUAAAGCAUUUUUUAAUGUUCUUUUGAGUUAGUGCAGUCUUAAACUUCAUUAGUCUGCUACUAGCUUUCCUUUUAGGUGUCAUUUCUUUGAUUCUCUUGACGUGUAGUAGUUAAAUACAGGUUGUCUAAAUCACUUGAGAACAGGAUCUCAUUGUAUCGAAACGCUUGGUUGUCUCAACAACAAUUACGGUGUAUUUGCUCUAAUUACAGUAGUACCUCUUUCCAUGCCUGUACAUCACUGGAAUUGUGUUCAGUUCACAAUAAAGCUGAAGUCUUGGUGACUGUAUUUUUGCACAAUUAAACUUGUAAUGUACUGUGGGAAAAACGUGUA